UCAGAAGCAGCUUCAUCGAUUAGUGCAUCAAGGAAAAGAAAGCAGCUAAAAUGCUUCUUCACGUCCUCCCUUUCCUGCUGUUGCUUGUCUCCCCAAUCGCUCAUGGACAAGAUGAAGAAAACACGUGUCCAUCGGCAGACCUCAUCAAGCCGUGCAAGUGCAAGAUGUACUUCGACGGAGCGUGCAUCCUGACGUGCAGUCUUUCGAACCAGAAGGUCUUGCAGAGGGUCUCCGAGAUCCCCAACCUCUGUUCCGGGCACGUCCACUUCGUGCUGGUACACAGCAUCGUUGACGGACUUCCCGCCAAAUUGUGGAAGACGCUCCUAUCCUCGAAAACCGUCGACAUCACCAUCAAGCAUGCCAAGGUGGACGGGCUGCUGGCUUCCGGUGACGACGAGGUGCCGGAAGUGUAUACCCCCGGCCCGGCCGUCAUCAAGGUAGAUCAUUCGAAAGUUGGGAAGUUCGACUGGAGGGUGCUCAAGAAGUUUUAUUCAGAAGAAGAGCUCACCCUGGUCAUUGACGACACUCCUCUAAAAGAGUUGAGCUCUGACUUCUCCCUGAUUGCCGAAGGCCAAGUGCACAAAUUGACUAUCGACAGCACAGGGAUGACCACCGUUCCUGAUAAACUAUUCGUCCCCUUCGCCGACAUCACUUCCUUGUCUCUCCAGAACAACAAGUUGACCUCUGUGUCGAGGUCCAUGUUGCCUUCACCAGCAAGCAAAUUGCAAUACCUCCAUCUGACGGGGAACGAAUUAACCACCUUGCCGAGCGACCUUUUUUCGGAGAUGCCCGUUUUGGAAGUGGUAUAUCUGAGGAACAACAAAAUCACCACCUUGCCACAAGAUAUCUUCGAGAAAGUCAAUUCGUACAAAAUGCAAAGAUUCGACAUCAUCCAUAAUCCCUGGGAAUGUGACUGCAGAUUGAUGUGGAUCCUCAACAACAACAAGUUCAUCGUCAACAUGGGAGAAUGCGCUUCGCCAGAGUCACUGAAGGGGAAGAAGGUCAAAGAUCUUGAUUGGUUGCUUCAAGAUUGCUGAAACACGAAGUUUCAGUCACUGUGGAAAUUGUGUACUUUUGCAAGGAAAUUUUGUGCUAAAAGACCAAAUUUGUUCUGAAUAAAAGAAUAUAUUUAU